CGCUUUUUUUAUUUUUUUUAUUUUUUAUUUUAACUUUUUGAUUCCUGGGUCUUUUUUUUAUACUUCCUGAUAUGAACUUUUACCUAUAUAAACCAUUUGAAUUUUCCCCGUUUUGAAAGACAAUGAUAUGUUUUUAAAUCUUUUUCAUUCCCUUUUUUAUUCACUACUCUUCACAAUUGUCAUUCUUCAUCAAUCGAUAGUAUAGUCCAAUCGUCUUAGUCAAUUGAAAAUGUCUACUAUUGAAGUUACUGAUAACAAGCACUUAGCUAGUUCUAAGGUCGAACAAGUUAAUGAAGAAGAAUAUCAUACUACUCACCACGCCAAUGGUGUCAGAAAAUUCAAAUAUGAUGCCGAAGCUAGAGCUGAAAGAUUAGCUGGUGGUGCUAAAUUCAGAGAUAUUCUUAUGAUUCUUUGUGCUGGUUUCGCUUUAAUCUCAGAUGGUUAUCAAAAUAACGUUAUGUCUAUGACAAAUAAAGUAUUAGCUUUAGAAUUUCCAAAAGCCUAUACUGCUGAUAUGUCAACUCAAGUUUCAAAUGCUUCUUUAGUUGGUACCAUUAUUGGUCAAGUUGUUAUUGGUGUAGCUGCUGAUUAUAUGGGUAGAAAAUGGUCUAUUGUUACUGCUACUUUAUUCCUUAUCAUUGGUUCUAUUUUAUGUGCUGCUUCUCAUGGUACCACUGUUAACGGUUUUUUCUGGAUGUUAACUAUCUGUAGAGGUAUUACUGGUUUCGGUAUUGGUGCUGAAUAUCCAUCUUCUUCCCUUACUGCUUCUGAAGCUGCUAACGAAUCUGUUAAAAGAAGAGGUGGUGCUUUUAUCUUAUGUACCAAUUUACCAUUAUCUUUCGGUGGUCCAUUCGCUUUAAUCAUCUUUUUAAUUGUUAACAGAAUCACUGGUAAGCAUUAUGAUGCUCUUUGGAGAACUAUGUUCGCCAUUGGUUGUUUCUGGCCAUUAUCUGUUUUCUAUUUCAGAUGGAAAAUGGUUACCUCAGUCUUAUAUAAAAAAUCUGCCGUCAGUAAAGUUCCUAUCAAAGAUAUGGUUUUCUACUAUUCAUUAGCUGUUAGACAUUACUGGAGAAGAAUUAUUGGUACCACUGUUGCUUGGUUCCUUUAUGAUUUCGUUACCUUUCCAAAUGGUAUUUUCUCUGCUGGUAUUAUUUCUAAUGUUAUUCCAAAAUCUGAAGGUUCUAAUUUAGAAUUAAUUGCUGAAUGGAAUUUAUUAAUUGGUGUUAUUGCUUUACCAGGUGUCUUUAUUGGUGCUUACUUAAAUGAUGUCAUUGGUAGAAAAUAUACCAUUAUGCUUGGUUUCUCUGGUUAUAUCGUUUUCGGUUUAGCUGUUGGUUUAGCUUAUGACAAAAUUAUUCACCACACUGCUGGUUUCAUUAUUCUUUAUGGUUUAAUGAUGUCAUGUGGUAACAUGGGUCCAGGUGAUGGUAUGGGUUUAAUUUCUUCUGAAUCUUAUGCUACUCCAAUCAGAGGUACUUUCUACGGUUUAUCUGCUGCUAUUGGUAAAGUUGGUGCCGUUGUUGGUACUAAAACUUUCACUCCAAUUCAAGUUCAUUUAGGUGAUAGAUGGACUUUUAUCAUUGCCGCUUGUUGUGGUUUAGCCGGUGUUUUAGUUACCUUUUUCUUCGUUCCACAUUUAACUGCUGCUGAUUUAAUGGAAGAAGAUGUUAAAUUCAAAAAUUACUUAGUUGAACACGGUUGGACUGGUCAUUUCGGUUUGAAAGAAAAUGAUAUUGAAGAAGAUUUAGAAUCAGAUGAAAGUGAUUCUAUUGAAAAGAAUUAGAUUUA